AUGGUCUUCGCCAAACAUGGUGGGCAAGACAGGAAGAACAGCAGACAUAUUCAAAUGGGUUGGGAGCUCUUGACUUCCGAUGAGCGCAGUCGUAACGACCGGAAACAACGUAACGACGAGUGGUGGCGCUCGUUGCGGCCACUGACCGCUAAGCUAAAGAGGAAACACUCAACGAAGGGCGCUACUGGGCAGCAACGGAAGUCUGCGAAGAAAAGUGGGCGUGGCCCGCGGUGCUACAAAUGUAAUGGUUCGGCCACAUUAGUAAAAAUUGCUCCACACAGGCCAAAGAAGAGCAAUACGAGCGAAAAAUCGAAAAGUGCUGUCACCGAAGCGUUAAAUGCAGAAGUGCUUUGUGCGAGAAGUGAAUUGUAUCUCGGAGAUACUAAGGCUACUAUGGACGAUGUUGGAGCAGGACGCAUCGAUUGUGAGGUGUCGAUCGACGGGAAGUGGCUGCCGCGUCAUCUUGAAUACGUGCUACACGUGCCGUCGUCGCGGAGAAAUUUAUUUUCUCAAUCUUGUACUCGACAAAGGAAUGCAACUGAAAUCUUCCGAUCGAGAGUGCGAGUUUACAAAAAGGGCAAGGCCAUGGUGCGCGGUGUACGGAGCGGGCGCUUAUUUAAAAUGUGUGCGCGGCCGUCCCGCAGAGUGAGGGAAGCAAAAACGAGCAGUUUUAAGUCGCGACAGCAAAGAGCAACAACACGAGGUGACGUUAUUCACGCCGAUCUGUGUGGUCCCAUGGAGGUGGAUUCCUUGGGUGGGGCGAGAUAUUUUCUGUGCUUCACGUGUGACUUUACGAGACAUCGCAUCGUUGAUUUUCUCAAGGAGAAAUCAGAGGCAGCUGCGAAAAUCGACGAAAUGGUAAGAUUAGUGUCUAAUCUAUGUGGUCGAUCCGUGAAAGCGCUGCAAUGCGACGGCGGACUAGAAUUUAAUAUUCUAAAAACAGAAUGGAUGCGCGAGAGGACCAAUCGGACUGUGGUGAAGUUGGCACGGACAAUGAUGUUGGCCCGAAACAUGCCAAAGUUCCUGUGGGCAGAAGCAGUGAAUACUGCUGUGCAUGUUCUAAAUCGUACGGGACCCAGUCAAGUCGUCGGCAAAUCACCGUACGAGGCAUUUACCGGGAAGAAUGCUCGGCUCGAAAAACUUCACGCGUUUGGUGCCACGUGCUUGUGCAUGUUCCCAAGGAGAGACGAAAGAAGUGGGAUUCCAAGGGACAGCGGGGCACGUUUGUCGGUGGAGGAGACAGUGGAGGAUGUCGCUACUCAACGUGAUCCGGAACGCAACGAUGACUGGUUCGAUGCCAACGAUGCAACUGAGCAAGAUGGUGACAAGACACUGAGUGAAGAAUCUCUCCUUGAGUCACCAGGCAUAAGUCCACCGAAUCUGCGCGAUAGAGCAACGAUCAAAGCGCCUGAUCGUUUUGUUCAUGCUAUGCUGACUGAGAUUCAAGAGCCGAUUAAUUAUCAAGGGGCUAUCAGGUCAGCAGAGCGCAGACAGAAGUGGAAAGAGGCGAUGAAAGAAGAGAUGGAAUCGUUGGAGGAGAACUCGACGGGUCCUUGGUCAAGCUGCCAAAGGGUCGAGGACAAUCUCCAAUCGAUGGUGGUUCGAGUAAAGCGCGGUCCUGAUGGCGAAGUAUUGCGUCAUAAAGCGCGACUGUUUGAGCGUCGCGGUGGUGAAGGUCUCAAGUUUGCGCAGUUUGAUAUAAAAACUGCAUUUUUAAAUGGACUCCUGGAAGAGGAGAUAUACAUGGAUCAGCCAGAGGGAUUCCAAGAUGGCACAGAUCGCGUCUGUAAGCUAGAGAAGAGUCUCUACGGACUCACGCAGUCGCCGCGCUGCUGGAACAAGAAGUUCAAGGAGUGCUACUACGCUUUGGCUCGGAAUACUGUAGCCGAAGAAGUGCUGCAACGAUUCCGCAUGGCAGAGGCAAAACCAGUGUCAACGCCAAUCGUGCAGUACCUGCAGGCAAAUGAGCGUAAGCUACAUGUCGCAGUUUCUCGAGCAACCAUCGGAGUUGCAGUGGACACUGGUGUGAAGAGGAUCUUCAGGUACCUGAAGGGAUCGACGGACAAGGGCAUCGUCUACAGGGCAAAUGAAGCAGGGUUGCUUCAUGUUUACAGUGACGCCGACUACGCCAGCGAUCCAGUGACAAGAAGAUCUGUGAGCGGAAUGGUCAGCCGGUGUACAGUGGUGGUGCCGUAUCAUGGGCCAGUCAAAGGCAAAAGAGGUGUAUGUAUGGACGUGUUAUCUUGGGGUAAGGAGGUGUGUUCUGGAGUUCAAGUAGAAUUGGGCAUCCACGAUAGGAUGCUGGGUGGCCAUGACUUUGCAAUUAUUACACUUUCCUGGUUCAUGUGGGUCAUUACAUUUUACAUAUCUGUAUUUAAGGUUACAAUUGGAUGCUGUAUGUCCUAA